AUGAACUCUGCUCCUGCCCUUCUUGGGACAGACGCAGAGUCGAUGACGAUGGCGAAGCGUCAAGACAUCUGUCAUCUGGUUGAGCCAUCCCAAGUUUAUUUGCCUCGGGUACUUGUGUUUCAUACUAACUCCCUUCAUCUUUAUGCAGUGCAAAUCUCCAGGGCCGAGGCUAGGGCUGCAGCUGCAGAGAGGCAAGUCCAAAUAAGGGAGGUCAGGGCGCGGGAUGCACAGCGACAGCAGGGGUUGAAGAGGAAAGGGAAGAAGAAGGGUCCUCCCUCCUCCGAAGCUCCCCCACCGAAGAAAAGGUCCAGGGCCGAAGGACCCAGUACCGAAGCGGUCCAAGCCCUCGUCGCCUCUGGCCAUAACUUGUCUACCCGAGACUCCUCCCCCGUGGCAGACUUCAGAAGCCUGAGGGCUGGGAAUGUUAGGGCCAAGGUUGGCUUCGUCCCUCGGUGGUCGAUCAAAGAAGACGACACCCUAUCCGUCAGCCAUGUCGCUCGUGAGUUGGUACUGAAGGGCAGCCUCCCCCGAGAUGCUGCUGAAGCACAACGACAAGGGACAGCGGCCAUGAUAACUAGCGCCUGCAUCUUCAUGGCAGGGGCCCAAAACCAAGUGGGUCAGCUAGCUCUCCGAGCCGAGGCCAUGGCCCGAGACCUCGAGGCUUCCGAACGUGAGAAAUCAGUCCUGGAGAAUGAACGUUCGGUUCUCCUCGAGAAGAUGGAACACCUGGAAGAAGACCUUCUUCGUACUAGCCAGGAAUGGGAUCAGAAGCUUGCGGAGCUGAAGGCACAGAUAACAACAAGGGUUCGGGAGGCCGAGAUCCGAGGGGCCGAGAUGUAUAGGGCCUCUGAGGGCUUUUGGGAGGAGGUCAAACGUGCCAUCACCCCUGGGUUCAUAAUGGGCGCUACUGAGGUCCGAGACUGGGUCCUCGAGCACUACCCAGAGGUCUCUUUCGAGGACAGCGGGCUCAUCUUCGAAGAAGAGUGUUGAGGCAGCCCCAACAGCCACCGAGGUUGCCGACGUCGACGGCGAAGGCUGUAGUGAGAAAGGUGAGGUUCAGCUACAAUGUGAGGUGCCUCUGACUCCUGCACACGAUGGCUCCGAUGGGGAGAUCCUCCACCAUGUCGACGACGAGGCCGUGAAUCCGACAGACACCCCCUGAAGCCACCCUGCACCCUACCUCAGCCUUCGGGCCUUCUUUUUUUGUUAUGUGAACCUUCGGGCUAUCCUCUCUUUUUUCUUUGUGAUGUGAGCCUUUGGGCCUUUUUGUGUAAUCUCGGCCUUCGGGCCUUUUUUAAUGAAUGAAUAUUUCCCUUUCUUCAGAUACCUUUGCCUUUUACUUUUUUGUAUUUUCUCUGAUAAAGGAUCUUUAGCCCGUAGGUAGGUGCAAGAAGGCCAAACCCUUCGGUGGUCCUAAGAUUAAUAGGGCUCUACUCUAGUACGAGGCCUGGUUCUGCUCCAUCGACUUGUCCGAGAGGUUUCCCACGUCCAAGGGCCGUGGACUUGAGGGAUCAUGAACAAGUAGGAUUCGAUCGAUGCCCCCGACCGAGGUAAGGACCCUCGGUCAGGUCUGCUCGGCCUUGGCCGGAGCUCCCAACUGAGGCCGUGACCUUCGGUCAGGUCAGCUCGGCCUUAGCCAGUGCC